CUUGAUGGCGUCCCCAGGCAAAAAACUGUUGUGGAAAAGUAACUUGUUAACUGGGCUGAAUUUUAUUAGAUUGUCGAAAAAAAAUAAAAUAAUAUUAAUUUAAAAAUAAAAUUUUAGCGCAAACUUGCGAAACGUUGUGAAAACGAAGGGGGAAUUGUGUUACGGUAACUGGUGGCACUUUAUGGUUACAAUGCAUAUUCUAGCAUUCUUGUCAGUUCCCUAAGAGCAGUUACAUGUGCUCAGUCUCAGUGGAGGGAUGUACAUUUCUGCGCGAGCAUGAAGAAAGAUGGAAACUAUAUUCAUAAACUUUCUAGAUGCGCAAUGUGACAGGGCUACCAAGUGAAACGGCUCCAGAGUGAAGAUAAACUCCGAUGAAUGGACCGCGGCAUGUUUUCUGGUCAGGCUGGUCUGAAUCACAGCUUCAACCUGAGCGAUGACCGAGAGCUGCUGGACGCGCCGACGGGCGCGGCGAAGCUCUCCCCGGCGGGCUUUGUGGUGCUGUCCGUGGUGCUGGGCUUCAUCAUGACUUUUGGCUUCCUGAACAACUUCAUUGUGUUGCUGCUGUUUUGCAAAUUCAAAAAACUGCGAACACCGGUAAACAUGCUGCUGCUAAACAUCAGUGUGAGUGACAUGCUGGUGUGUUUGUUCGGCACUACUCUCAGUUUUGCGUCCAGUAUUCGCGGAAAGUGGCUGUUGGGGCGCAGCGGCUGCAGUUGGUAUGGCUUCGUCAACUCUUGCUUUGGUAUUGUUUCGCUGAUCUCGCUGGUGAUCCUCUCCUAUGACCGCUACAGCACUCUGACUGUUUACAACAAGCGUGGGCCAGACUACCGUAAACCCCUAAUAGCUGUUGGGGGCUCUUGGCUGUACUCCUUAUUCUGGACCGUGCCUCCACUACUGGGCUGGAGCAGCUAUGGCAUAGAGGGGGCAGGCACAAGCUGUUCUGUCUCCUGGACCGCUAACUCUACCCAGUCACACGCCUACAUCAUCUGCCUCUUCAUUUUCUGCUUGGGUCUGCCUGUGCUAGUGAUGAUCUACUGCUACAGCAGGCUGCUUUGGGCAGUCAAACAGGUGGGCAAGAUCCGAAAGACUGCAGCCCGGAGGAGAGAGUACCACAUUCUGUUUAUGGUUCUGACCACUGCAGCCUGCUACUUGCUGUGCUGGAUGCCUUAUGGUGUCGUGGCAAUGAUGGCAACAUUUGGCCCACCCAACAUCAUUAGCCCCGUGGCCAGUGUGGUCCCCUCAUUAUUAGCUAAGAGCAGCACUGUCAUCAACCCUCUCAUCUAUAUACUCAUGAAUAAACAGUUUUACAGGUGUUUCCUGAUUCUGUUUCACUGCGAUCACUGUUCACCAGAGAAGGGCAACACCUCAGUGCCCUCCAAGACUACGGUAAUCCAUCUUAACCGUAGAGUCUACAGCAACACUGUGGCCUGCACCGCCCAGAUCUCCACUGAAGCUCUCGACCAGUGUUACAGCACCGCAGACACCAAGAACACAAACCCUCCAGAGGUCAGCCCCUGAGUGUCAGACAAGAAUCACCAUGACAAUGACGCAUGCAUAACUCAGCUGGACAAGCUACAGCCAGAAUGUGAACUACAGUGGAAGGUGGACAGCAGCACGAGGCUGUCAGAAAGUAAAUUUGCUUUUUUUGUCUUGUGUGUAAACUUGUAUUUGUAGACAAAGGAAUCUCGUGUCCAUGAUUUUUGAACUUUGAGAUUUGGUUUUACUGUACAUGACACAAAAGUGCUAAAUGACUACAGAAAUGCAUGUAAUUUAUGUGAACACACACACAUACACCAAUGUGGUAUUUAACUGUAGAUAUAGCUGUAGAUGAUGUUUGAUGAUUUCUCUGAAAUCAGCAUUCAGUUUUACCAUCAGGCACCUUUUUUUUUUCCUGUUAAAUACAUGCAAAACAGGAGAGAACUUUCAGGGAAAAUUAUCCCCAAGUUUUUGUGUCUUUUCAAAACAUAUUUAAAAAGAAAGGGGCACAUAUUCACGAUAGUGGAUUCAAGGUUUUAGUCUGUUUCCAAAUUGAUGUGCUUUUGUUGCUUCAGAAAAUGACCACUGACAGAUUUUAGUAUAUUACACAUUCUUAUUUUCAUCCUGUAUUUCAAGAAGGCAGGAUGUUCUUUGUUCCUUUCACAUUUUAUCCAAAAAUAAAAACCCAGCGCCUGUUCUUUGCUGCUUUGUAGUCAGCCGCUGUGCCACUGUAAAUGGCAAGGUCACUGCCGCCAAUCACAGAUUUGUGAUUUGAUCAGAAAGCGGACUGAUGUAAUCAUUGGUUAACUCUGCUUUCCCUCCUCUUCUCCUGCUGCUUUGGCUGUAAAUAUUGACGAAAGCUAAAACUUGACUCCCUAUAAGCUUGUCCUUAAUGCAGCUUUUAUCGUUGCGUAUGCUUACAUUUUGUUCUGCAUGAAGGCAUUCAUUUGAAUUGUGUCGGCUUUUGUGUUUGUGCUGUGCCUUCUUUGGAUAUGAUUUAGUGUGUCUUACCAAAUUUGAUUCUUUGCAUGUAUUUGUGUAGAUUAAAUUGAUACAAUGGAGUGAGAGACAAUGACUUAAGCCUGUAUUCAGUUAUAAAGCUGAAUACAGGUUUUGUCCAGAAUAACAUGGGGAAAAGAAAAAAAAGAUUUUUUCACAAUGAUUACCGGUAUUCAGUAUGACAGGCCAAAUAAAAAUGAUGCUAAUUUGAUGACUGGCAGAACUAAAAGGCACAUCUGGGAAACAGAAUGCACAAAUUCAGUGAAACUGAAACAUUUAAAUGACACCAACAAGACACAAAGCAGAGGUCAGUAUUUUAUUGUAUUUGUGGAUCUUGAACCAUGACUGAUCAGGAUCUGCUCAAGAUCAAGAAAGUUAUAUGUGAGGUCAGAGUGCUGACCUCAACCCACUGACUUUUUUUCACUGAGAUGCUGUUGCGUGACCUGGGUGGGGGUAGUGGGGGUGUUCAAUCAAGACAUUGCAGAAAUAUUGAUGAAGUGAAACAGUUUUGUUGCAGGAACGGUCCUAAAAUAUCUCCUUGGUGUUGUGCAAGUGUCAUUAAGCCCCUUCAGAAAAUGUGUGACUGAGGUUGCUGCUGCUUUAAGAGCUACAUUUUCUAGCCUUUAAUGCAACUGACUACUCAGUGUGUUCAAUUAAGACAAGAUAAAUACUGUGUUGUUAGUUUAGUCAAGUCGUGCUUGUCUGUAACAGUGAACUUAAUUUCAUAAGCAGUCUGUUGUGGUUUAAUUGUCACCAGUUUAAUUGGAUUUUAUUGUUGGAAUUAAUUGUUUUAAUAAAUAUACCUGCUACUAAAAACAAACUUUGCAAUUGCUGCAUUGUAAAAGUAGGCUGGAGGUGGUGUGAUAUUGAGAAUGAUAUGAAAAGCAAUUUUGUUAAUUAUUUUUGACAAAAUGCCCAUUUCUAAAAACCAAAAGUACUCAAAUAAUGGAGGCACAUCCCGUAACAGCAAGAGAGGGGUGUUCUUUUUUUUUUUUAAGGUCAAAUCCCUGAAUUCCUUUUGGACCAACAAGGCAAUUCCCAAAGAAUCAGGUGAUUCCCAAAGAGCUAUUAGCUGAAAACUUGGCAUCUCUCAGCAGGCUUUGCUGUGCAUCCUAAAAAAUUUUGAGGAAACUGGACAAGUAGAAGACAAAAUAAGAAGUGC